GGGAGGAAGGAAGGAAGGAGAGAAAGAGGAUCGAACCUUAAUUUUGAAGAGGUAUUAAAUUCAGAGGUAUAGGUCUGGGGUUUCUUGAACCUCGCUAACGUAUACCGUUAGUGACCCACUAACAGAAAUCUUCCGAACGCAUCCAGCCAGCGUUCACAACAGUGGCCGCGCGCAAGCAAGGAAGGUGGAAGGAAGAGGAGCAGCACCAGUCACCGACGGACAGUUGGACGCGUGAGAAGCGUUGCGGCUAACCUUGAAUCGCUUCUCCUCGAGUUUUCAACGUGUGUACAACGAUUCGAAAUGUUGCGGAUAUACUUGAUCCUAAUCAUCGCAGCAAGCGCGGCGAUGGCGCAAGUACCAUUUUUAGGCUCGUGCCCCGUAGUGGAAACCAUACCCAAUUUCGAUAUAAAAAAGUACGUGGGCAAAUGGUACGAGAUCGAAAAAUAUUUCGCCUUCUUCGAAUUCGGCGGGAAAUGCGUCACUGCGAUUUACAGCGAGGGCGAGAACAGUGCGAUUAAUAUUUUGAACAAGCAGAUAUCGGCUCUGACCGGAGUUUCGUCGAGUAUAGAGGGGGUUGGAAAACCGGUUGUCAAGAUCGAAGAGGCGAAAUUGAUCGUUACGUUCCCAACUUUGCCCCUUCCGGUGGAUGCCCCUUAUUGGAUUCUUGACACCGACUAUACGAGCUACGCUGUCGUGUGGAGUUGUUCCAACUUCGGUGUGUUUAGUAUGAGGAACGUUUGGAUUUUGGCGAGAGAACCGAAGCCACCGGUAUCCGUGUUGGAGAAAGCUUAUCAAGUAUUGGAUAAAAAUAACAUAAGCAGGGCGUAUUUUAUCCGUACAGAUCAGAAAAAUUGCCCUCUAGAAAAUUGAAGAGAAGAACGGGUACGAUAUAUCGAAAAUCACGUUUGUUUGAAAGAGUAAGUCGUUUUGUAAAAUACGUUUUGUGCUCAAUUUUAUUAGUGAUUAUUUAUUGAUCUUUAUUUAUUCUUUUUCAAUCUAAUAAUUUAAGUAUCUAUAAAUUUACUUUAUCGAGCGUCGAUAAAGAAAUUUGACGAAUUUCGAUACGUAGAAUUUAUAUUCACGCGAUCAAAUAGCCUAAACGAAACUGGACCUAUAUUAUAUAAUUUAUAAUUUAGCUUGAUUUUGUAAAAUUACGAAUACUAAAAUUUUACGCUUUUAUCGCAUAAUAAUUAUUCACCGGAUGUAGAUAUAGUUAAAAUGUUAUUAUACCUUAUGAUAACGUGUUGUUAUAUUUAUUUAUUUAUGUGCUAAAUAGAAUGAUGUUAUGUACGAUAAGAUAAAAAAAAAAUAUAUAUUAAAAAUAUGUGAUAACAAGCAAUUUUAUAUCGAAGAAUUAAAAAAUGUUUAAAAUUUUGAA